AUGGCAGCCAAACGCACUCCUAUCCCACGCGUCACCUCCCAGCCUCCUUCCGUAGAUUUCAUCCAGAACCAUCUGCCGUUCUAUCACAAAGCGUUCGAGAACCAGAACUGUCGAUACGAUCCUGUAUCGCAGCGCUUCAUACCCAUCCCUGAGGCAGUCAAGAUGACUGGCAGCCACCCGCUGCCAGGAAGCAGUGGUGGGAAGGGUCUGCAGUCCCCAUCAGUUCGGCGGCCUACGCCUGCCGUAGCCGCAAUGGGGUUUUGGGACAAGAUUCUGCCGGAAUCUAUGACGAGGUUAGCACACGAGAAGAAAGUGGAACCAAAAGAGGUGCAGAAAAGAAAGUUAAGUCUUCGAGGAAAAGGGAGUUGGAACGAAGUCUAUCUACUGCUUCAAAUCGCACGGGAGCAUUAUGACGCCACUAAGGGAGGGUUCUGGGGCAAGUGUCAAAAAGGGACCUGUAGAGCCUAUCGGGGAGCUUCUAAGCAUACUGGUGUAGCACGUCAGGCGUGGAAGUUGGUCCCGGACCACGUUGUUGUAUCUCCUGUGAAAGCUGCGGUAGAGGUACUUCUCGAUGCCGUUGAAGUAGCAGCAGAUGCACGAGGUAAAAUUACGUCCACUUUCGACGACGGAAGUCUGGAAAAAACGUUCGAAGACAUUGAGAUCUUCCUUACAACCUUCCAGGGGGACCAAAACAUCGUGGAGGCAUCUAUCAAGCUGAUUACCGUCACGCUGAGCGCAGUGGAAGACGCAAUGGACUUCUUCCUGUCUCAUAAAGUCAAGAGGAUCUUCGAUUCGCUAGUUCAGGCGAAGAACUACCAGAAACCUCUCCUCGAGGGUAUCGGUGAGAUACAGAAAAAGAGCAACGAUUUGAUUCGGGAAGCCGAAAGAUCUGAGCUGGUCGGAAGUCGUGAUGCAAUGGAAAGAAUUAUCCAAAGUAUGAGACAAGUUGUAUACCUCGAAUUUCAGCAGGGAGAAAAACUGGAGUAUAUGUCGGAUCAAGUCGACGCCGUUGGACUGGGGAUGACCCAGAUGCGAUCCGCGCUGGGGAGUUUUGAAGCUGAUCUUAUGGGUAAGGUGAACGCGCUUCUCAUGGAUGGUGCAAAAUCAAGGGAAACAUAUACCAAAAAGAUUGAGGCUUUGGAAUCCAAGAUCGAAGCUUUGCAACUCGAACAACACAAUACAGAUGCGCGCACAAAGCCAUCAAAUCAUUCGUCACAAGAUGAAUCCCUCGGGCCGAAUCAUCACCCUCCGCAGCAAUGGCCUCCUACUGCCCUGCCGGCUCCGUGGGCCUGGGGUUACUACUACCCUCCUACACUAUUCGUACCACCUCCACGGUAUCCUUUUCCCAUUACUCAACCUCAGCAAACAGACCACACACCCACAAUCGACACGCUCGUCCUGCGCCGGCUGCUCGAUAUCCCCGACCUCGACUCCCCCGACAUCGAUUCCAUCCUAGAGUCAAGCGAUGCCAUCCCUCUCGCGUAUCGCAGUCGCGCCAAGCAAAUCAUUGGCACGACUGAGUUCCGUGACUGGGCCACAUCAGCGAAGUCACGCCUGCUGUUUGUACAGGGCGAUCCCAUGCAUGACAUGUCGCAGUCACCCAGUGCAUUGUCGCUGGUCUGCACAACGCUCACGAAAGGGUUGCGUGCACGCGAACAAUUCGUCUCUUUGGCAUUCUUCUGCGGCCAUCACACGGAGCCUGACGAACACCCAGGAGGAGGAGCCAUGAUUCGGAGCCUGAUUGCACAACUUCUGCAACAGUACUUCCCUGCGUUCAGCUUCCCAACGGGUGACGUGGAUGUGGAGGCUAUCAAAGAGGGGGACAUUGAAGCUCUGUGUGGGCUGUUUGGUUGCCUGGUCAGACGCCUUCCGGCACGGAUGAUCCUCGUGUGUGUUCUUGAUGGGGUGGGAUGUUAUGAGAACGAUGAGCACGAGCAUGAUCUCCUUCAGGUUGUGAAGUUCUUGGUGGGUCUUCGGAAAGAUGACUCUGUGGCCCCCGCUAUCAAGAUACUUGUCACGAGUGAGAUACAGAGCGACAAGGUGCACGAACUUCUUGAGGACGAGAAGAGCGACGAGGAUGAGAUUGAUCUGCUAGUAGAAGGGCUUGAUCCAAUUGGGCAUGGUAUGGACCUGUUGGAUACUGAGGAUGCUUCGGGAAUGCAGUAG